AUGCAAAAGGUGGUGAUGAGGACACUUGGGCAGGGCCAGGGUCAGGCUGCGGGCGCGGGUCGCACCGCUGUGGCGCCCAGGACUGCUGCUGCUAGGCGUGGCAGUGGCAUGAUGCUGCGAGACUGGGUCGGGUUGAAGCUCGACAGCUUCGAUGGGUCUGGCAGUCCAAUCCAGGCAGCGUAUUGGUUGGCCUAUAUGGUGAAGCAAGUUGAGGCUUUUGAGGUGGGGAUGCAGGACAGUGUGCGUUUUGUGACUCAGCUGCUGAAGGGAGAGGCUCAGAUUUGGUGGGAUAAUAUGUUGGCUUCUAGGUCCGUGGUAUUGGGCAGUCCUUCUUGGGAGGAGUUUGCUCGCCAGUACGAGCGACGGUUCUACCCUGCCGCUUUCCUCGACAAGAUGCAUAUCAAGUUGGAACAGUUCACUCAGGACAGGAGGUCAGUGACAGAGUAUGAGGUUGGCUUCAACUAG